AUGGCUCAGCGUUCCGAAAAAAAGCGUGCAGAUCGAGAAAGGAAAGUUGGAAGAUAUUACACACUAGUUUUUUUAUUUUCAGUUAUUCUUUGGGUUCUUAAGUUUGCCAGGGACCUUUAUUACAAAAAGCUGCCGUAUACAAAGUUUGGGUACUUUUGGCGCGUUUCUCUAAUUUUUCUCGGAUAUUCUUUUAGUUUGUAUAGUAUUUUUAACAAUUUAAAGCUUGGUUUGGAGUUCAGUUUAUCCAACGACCUCUUCAUUGUGACAACUUCUGCCACUGUUCUUUCUGUUUUCUUUGACCAUUCAUAUAAACUGUUUCUGACAGUUCCUCUUUAUGCUGUGUAUAAAGGCUCAAAGGCUUUCUACAAGUGGGCAACAACUCCUUCUCUUGAAGUUCCUCAGACUCCUCAGAACCAAGAGCCUAAGAAGCGAGUAAAAUACAGGACCGUGAGGGCAUAA